UCUCGCUUCCACCCGGUCCCAGUUGGCGCCGGACGCAGCAGUGGAGGCUUAUAAACAUGGAGACAGAGGACGCUGGGAGUGGAGAGCCGUCUUCUCGGCUGGGGGCUUCGGCGUCCACUAAUGACCGGCUUUUCCUGGUUAAAGGUGGAAUUUUCCUUGGUACUGUUGCUGCAGCGGGAAUGCUGGCUGGAUUUGUUACAACACUAUCAUUGGCUAAAAAGAAAAGUCCUGAAUGGUUCAAUAAGGGAAGUGUGGCCACGGCUGCCUUACCGGAGAGCGGGUCCUCCCUUGCCUUGCGAGCCCUGGGGUGGGGCUCACUUUAUGCCUGGUGUGGGGUUGGUGUGAUCAGCUUCGCCGUCUGGAAGGCUUUAGGAGUUCACAGUAUAAAAGACUUUCGAAGUAAAAUGCAAUCAAUAUUUCCAGCAAUUCCCAAGAACUCUGAAUCGGCUGUUGAAUGGGAGGAAGCAUUGAAAUCCAAAUGAGAUAAGCAUGGUGGGUGAAGUCCAGAACGAUUGUUACGGGAAAAGCUGGCUUUGGAGAUGUCACAACAGCAAAGGGACUCAACAGAUUUCUCCUCAGGAACACAUGCAGAUUGUUGAGUGAACCUGUGGGGUGGAUGGCAUUCAGUGUCCUCAUAGAAGGCCGACAGUCAUUUCUGUGUGCUGUACUUUACAACUGAUUUGGUUAUGUUCAUAUGGGGGUGGGGCGGGUGUUGGAGGGAGGGCAAAGUUUUCUCAAAGUUAGGAAGACUAUUUAAAAAUAAUUAUGUGGAUACCUUCUCUAUGUGGAGGAAAUCCCAGGGGAAAUACUUUUAUGACUGUAACAGUUGAAACCAAGUUUUUUACCUGAAAAAAAAAUUAUAAUGUAUGAUGGAAAAUCUUUAUAAACAGACUCCUAACAGCAGUAGUACCUCAAUGUCUAAUUAAAUAAGUUUCAACAGCCUUUCUUGUCCGUAUGUGGCUGUCAGAACUUGGAGGACUUGCUCCGGUUGUUAGGCAGACUCCAAAGUGACGGGUUAAUGGGUGAAUCCUGUCCAUCAGGCAGUGGGUGUGGCUCUCUUGUCCUGAACACAGUCUUUGAUUUGUAUAUGCUAGUCAUUUACCUGACAGCCUCACCUUAGGCCCUGUAAAUUCUCAGACAAGAAGCCGGUAACAGGUUAUGAUAACUUGAAAGGAUAAUCAUGCGAAAAUAGUGAUAUUAUGGGUAUAAAAUGUACUUUUUUGACAAGUUGGUUCUGGGUCCCUAAACACUGACUGACAGUUUAUAGCUUUAUUUCAGUUGUCUGUCAAUAUAAAAAUAGUCCAAUUA